AGCCGCAUAUUGACUUGAUAUAAAAAAGGUCCAAGACCUUUUUCUACCUCAAUACCACUAUGAGUAUGCUGAAAUGUAUCCAGCAUAUGUAUGUCCUUUUGUGCACAAUGGGGUUCAGAAGUCUGUAUACAAAAAGACAGUUCUUAGUGUCUUUGCCAACACUUUUUAUGUUUACAUAUUAAAUAAUUUAGUUUUGAAAAGGUCUUAAAAGUCACCUCAAUCUGUGUUAUGGCAUUGUUCUUUGUUCAACUGCUUUGUAGAUGUAAUAAGAUUAAAGAAAUAAAGAUACACUUGCUUGAUAGAAAAGAUACACUUGCUUGUUGUGUCCUGUGUAGGCGCUGUUUCUCUUAUUACUGUGCUUCAUACUAUACAUGGACUGGUUACUCCAGACACAGAUGCUUCAGAGACUCGCGUCUCGCGCCGGUCACGCUGAUGCUUCUGCCCGCGUGCCUGCGCCGCUGCGCGCGGCUGCUAUACUGGAUCCCUGUUACGAUCAUUAUCGUGGUUGUGAUGUGGUCAUAUUACGCCUAUGUCGUGCACUUCUGUUGGGUCCUGCUUACCUGUGCUACUCAGAGAGUGGUAUUCCUUUGCCUGUUCCACGUGUGUUUUGGGAUGUUCUCGUGGUCAUUUUGGAAAGCAGUGUCUACUCCACCAUCCUCUCCUUCUGUGGAGUUUCAGCUCUCCUCUUCAGACUCGCUGCUCUUCGAGCAGGAACAUGGCAGUUUGGAGAAGAGUCAGAUUCUUCUGGAAAUCUCCCAGAAGCUUCCAGUUCAUACACGUAAAGCAACCGGAGCUAUCAGGUUCUGUCAUCACUGCCAAUUGAUAAAACCAGAUCGCUGCCAUCACUGUUCUGUCUGCCAAAUGUGUGUACUGAAGAUGGAUCAUCAUUGCCCCUGGCUGAAUAACUGUAUUGGGUUCUCCAACUAUAAGUUCUUCAUGCUCUUCCUCCUCUACUCACUCCUGUACUGCCUCCUCAUCGUUGCAACGGUUACACCGACCUUCAUCCAACUGUGGCUGGGCAAACUGUUCGAUAGUUGUGUUAAACUGCAUGUCUUGUUUUUGACACUGGUGUCGGCCAUGUUUGCUGUUACCCUCUGUUUUUUGCUCUUCUUCCACAUUUGGCUGCUCGCCAGCAACAAAACUACUCUUGAGUGGUUGUCAGUCCCCUUUUUUGCGGAUGGACCAGGAGGUGAAGCAUUUGAUGUGGGUGUCAGGGCAAACUUCUUACAGGUGUUUGGAAAGAAAAAGAGACACUGGCCGUUUCCAGUGUUUAGCAGUCAAGGGGAUGGACAUUCAUUCCCCUUGAGAUGGCAGAUGUCGUCUCGCAGUCCUUCGGUGAUAAAUGGAAAUGGGCAUUGUGUCAUGGAAGGAACUGUGGAUUUUUGGGAAAAGGAGGUUCAGACUCUAAGUAUAUACUGCCCCCGGGAGGCCAAUCCAGGUCUGCACAGCCUAAUCGAAAAUUCUGAUUUGAGCCAUUUGUAUCAUCCUGUUCUGCCAUCAGUCUCACAUGAGGGGGUCUCCGUAACCAUAGCAGUGGAUGACUAGAAGUAAUGAAAUAAGGUUAACAGAAUGUGUUGUGUGACACAGCGAGGUGGUUUUAGAAAGAUCUCAGUCACAGGUUAAGCUUACAGGAGUGGCGGCCGGCCUUCAGGGAGAACACCUGCCCGCAUGCUCAGUUUUCACCUGGAACACUUCCUAAGGGAGCGAUCAGGUCUCCGAAACCUCUUUUACUGAUCAGGGUGUGAGAGAGCUUUAUCAGGUGUCCCUGCUCAGCGAUCAUCUUUUAAAUUCAAUAUUUGUGUGGCUGAAAUGUAGUGGUUUUUCUGUUGUAAGACUGGAUUCUAGCUUUACCGUGAGUCUAUUGAAUAGUGUCUUCUAGAUGAAUUGAAUAACAGAUUUUAUGAAAAUAAAGGCAAUUCAUUUAAUACAAAA